AUUUUUUAUGGCCGCGGAUUCCCUUGUUUUGACGUUCCUUCAUUUUCCAUAGUUCGUGUGAAGAUUUUUUCGUUUUGCAUUUGAAUCAAGUGCGAAAGCUGACAAUAUUGUUUGCUGUUUAAAUUUGUGACGAAAAUCAGUCAAUCUGGAAGUCUUACAAGUGACCCGUGAGGACGCCGAUAUGACGUCCGUAGUGCGAAGACGAGACCACGACGAUUCCGGUGAAUUCUCGGACGCAUCACAGGAUAUCGAGCAUAAUCACUCUGGGAAUGAUGGGGGACAACCGGAGUCGGAUUAUGACUCCCAGGGUAGUGACUCCGAGCGAUCGGACAGGGAUCCGGAGAGCCAGGAAACAGAGCGCCGUGUAGACGACGAUGAGGACCGAAGCAACCCUCAGUACAUCCCUAAGAGAGGCACCUUCUAUGAGCACGAUGACCGUACCGCUGCUAGCGGAGAAGAAUCUACCAAUACGACAUCAGAAGCUGCCUCUGAGAAGAAGGAAGGCAGUGAGACGCCCGCCGAGCGCCGUCGUCCGCCGCGGAAGUCGGAGAUCAUCAACAAGUGGUCCCACGACAAGUACAACGAGAAUGAACAGAUGCCCAAAUCGCGUGAAGAGUUGGUGGCCAUAUAUGGAUACGACAUACGGAACGAGGAUGCGCCGCCGCACGCUCGCCGCAACAGGAGAUAUGGUCGCGGUCCUAACAAGUACACUCGUACUUGGGAAGACGAGGAGGCGUAUAAGCGUCAACAAGCGCAAGCGCCGCCGCGUCGCCCGCCUAACCCGGAGGACUUCCCCGAGCUCGAGGCUGGCAACAAGCACAGCAGAAAGGGCCGCGGUCCCCGGCCCCGGUCCAAGUCGCAGCCGGCGUCCAACGAGUCGCUCGACAACGGCACGCAGCUGCGAAGGAACGCUUCUAUCAAGUCGCCUAAAGGUAAACCGGACCGUCCGCCGAAGCAGAAUCUUAGCAAGAACCCCGUGAAACGGGAGCCGGUGACGCCCAAGCCGCAGCCCAAGGAGAAAAUGCCGCCGCUAGAGAAUCUCACCAUAACCACGUCUUUGGUCAACAAUAACCAAGGUUCCCGGAAGGUGAGCGCGGUGGCGCAGCAGAGGCCGGUGCCCACCGACCAGGGCAAGAAGAAGCCGCCGCAGCAGCCGCAACCUCCACAACAGAACAACGUAGCUCCGAAUAAGUCGCCGCCGCAGCAGCCGCAGCCGCCUCAGAAGCCACAGCCGCCACAGCAGAACCAACAGCAGCCGGCCGCUGGUGCGGAAGCAAGAGGCGGAAGCAAAAGAUACAGCAGUUUGCGCCAACGCCCGCUCGCUGAGAACUACACGCCGCAACCGCAGCAGCCGCAGCAGCCGCAGCAACCGCAGCAACCGCAGCAAUCGCAACAGCAGCAGCAGAUCAGAUAUGCUAAAUACCCGGCGGGCGGCGCUGCGGGCGCGGCGCAGGGUUCUCAUCAGCCCGCCGCGGCGCCUCUGCCGCACCCACAACAAAUUAUGCACCAGGUACACCGCUCGGCGCCGGUACAGCCGCCGGCGCACGGGCCCUCGCCUCCUCACCAGCCCUUACCGCAGCCGCAACACGCACAGCAGCAGGUGCGGCUGGGGCUGCUGGAGCAACAGCAGUUGGUGCACGCGCCGCAUCUACACAACUUGCCGCAACCGCACGCUAUGGGACAACUCCAACCAACACAAGCCUACGCACCGCCAGCAAUGAUGCCCGCACAGUAUAUGCAGCAACCCGCGGUGGGCGGCGCCAACAGCGGCGUGUUCGGCGGCGCGGCCAUGUUCCCGCCGCCCGCGCCCUACCCGCUCUACCCGCACCAGCACCACAACUACGCCACACAAGCGGGGGGCGUGACGUACUACAACUGCGCGGAGCAGGAGCCGCCCGCGCCGCAGCCGCGCGCGCAGCGCCGCCCCACCGCCGCCAUACCCAUCGUGCGCCCGCACGCGCCCGACCGGCCAGUAAACUCGUCAGAAAAGGACAACAUAGACCGGAUCGUAGAAAACAUGUUCGUCAGAAAGCCUUGGCCCGCGACACACGGCGCUGAUUCAAAAGAAAAAAGCACAGAGAACCGCAGCUCACAAGAGCCCCAGAGCAAAGAGUCAUCACAACCCAACAGCCUAACUUCCAGCUCCAUUUCCACCGACUCCAGACCCUCAGAACAGAAAGAGGAGAGGACAGAAGAACCGGAAGAGAGGAAACAGGAAAGAGAAAGCCAGGAGGCUGAGCAGGAGAGCAUAUCGACGGAUGCCUGACUGGUAAGGAUAAAGUACCUCGAGUGCUACAAGGCUAAAUACUAUAGCGGAAGGUAAUUUAUUACUAGGACGGUCACACUUUUCUAGAUAUUGACGAUUUGAUUUGAUUUUCGGUUACGUUGCUAAUGUUUAUUUUACGGAUGAUUUUUAAUAAAUUUUCUGCAGUUUCGUAUUUAUUUGACUAGCCACUGUACUAGAGGCGCCAUCUGUGUAUUAAAAUUAAAAGUGCAACAUAUUUGUGAACACAUUGUGACGUAUUUGUGAAUACAUGUGUGACAUAUUUGUGAACACAUGUGUGAAGUAUUUGUGAACAUGUGUGACAUAUUUGUGAACACAUGUGUGACAUAUUUGUGAAUACAUGUGUGACAUAUUUGUGAACACAUGUGUGAAGUAUUUGUGAACAUGUGUGACAUAUUUGUGAACAUGUGUGACUUAUUUGUGAACACAUGUGUGAAAUAUUUGUGAACAUGUUUGACAUGUUUGUGAACACAUGUUUGACAUAUUUGUGAACAUUAAUUAUGUGUCAUUUGUUUGUGACAAUAAUCAAGUGUCAUCAUUGUAUUUACUUGACUGGCCACCGUUUAAGGGCGCCAUCUUUGUAACAUUCAUGAAUUUAUGUAUGACACGAAUCUGCUAACACAUUUUUAUCUGCUGGACAGCAGAUUACACUUUUUCUAUUGUUCUUUAGACCAAGCAAAAAAUUAUCCUCAAACACCUAAUAUUUUUCUACAUACUAUUUCUAAGUAUGCACAAGUCACAUCUCUCUCAAAUUACAUAUUUGACAAGGCUUAACUUCAUAAAAUACUAUUGAUUUAUAUUUGUAGCAAUACAAAGGUUCCAUUUUGAUUGAAUUACUGCUGAAAGCAAGGAAAACGCUCGUGGAUUCACCGCGAAGCGUCUAUGAGAUCUAGACCGGUACAGCUUUUGAUUAAAAGCUUCACCAAGUAGAUCUAGGGAUUGUCUAUGGAACUGCUUAUUUAAAAUACUAGUUGAUUUAUGGAACUUCAAUUUAAAAAAAAAUGAUUUAUUUUUCAUAAAAUACUUCCUGCCUGAUACUCUUUCACUAAAUUGUUUCGUUUAUUUCAAUCCUUAGUUUAAUUUAGUUUAUUGUUGAUAAAAGACAGGGUUGACAAAAAGGCGUUUGUCUAUGGUUUCUCCACUUAAAAAUUUUCCUUAAGUCUUAAGUGUUAUGUUUCAACCAAAACAAAGCGUACAGAUCACCAUGCCGAAGCGAUCAUAGGCCAAUGACAGGUCGCGCGUGUUGUCAUUGGUCGCGCGUCCUGUCAUUGGUCGCUUGUCCUGUCA